UGCUCGAAUAAGAGAAUACAUCUCAUCUGUCAAAUAGCGUCUCGAAUCUUGAAUAAUUUCGGGGUUGAAGAACACAUAACGUGCAAACUAAUCGAGGCAAAAUUUAGUGUCUGAUUGUAUGGAGAUUAAUGAUGUUUGGAUUACUUUGAGCGAUAGAAUGGAGAAAAUCCAGGAGCGAAAGAAGAUGAAUGGGAAGAUGGAUGAAGUAUAUGAUUUGUUAGAAAUGUUGAGGGGUAUCGAAGGAUGCAAGGACAUAAACGCCUUUCUUCUUUCGAUGAGCAGUGCCAUAGAUAUCUGCUUGGCAAUGAAGCAGUCUGGUUGCUUGCCGCUGUUGAUCAAACUCAUAAAUGCACGCGGUCAUGAUACAGAAGCUAAAGAAAUAACGUCCCAAGUAUUUCACAACAUAAUACAAGCCACAGCUGACAGAAGUACAGAGCAGCCAGAAACUAGGAUCUACAAUCUUUUGGAACAAUUGAAAGAUUAUUGUCAAAUGCUUAGAUCAAUCCCUGAGACUGAGCAUUCCCCACCUGAAGAUGUAAACGACCAGCCAGUCGAUUACAGUCAAAAAUAUUCGGAACCAAACCCUGUAGUCCAGAAUAAAAUCCCCUGCAAUUCAAAUAAUCAACCCAUCGAUUACAGCAUGAAAUACUAUGAAAACAAUUCAUUAAAUCAAGAUGAUGUGUCCAACGAUGGUAAAGUCCAAGGCACAGUUGAUUAUGGUAAACGAUUUUCAGAGCCGACAUGUACCCUACACCAGAACAGUCCACAAAAUGAUGAACAGGUUCAGCCGAUAAAAUACUCGACAAGGUAUUCAGAGAAAAACUCUAUGCUACAGCCGAGUGAUGUCGCCGAUGAGACUGAAACUAUAAGAAUACCGAAAAAAGAAAAUUCAGACUCAAGCUCAAAGCCGGAUGUCUUUGGCGUUUAUGCAGAAACAGAUUUAGACCAACCGACCGACUACAGUUUGCGAUAUGCAGAGGAUGAUACAGAUGAAGAGGAGAAACAGAAUUCAGGAUACUUUGCUGAAAAUGAGCAAGCUUUUGUACCAGAAGAUACGAUAAAGACUUACUGCACAGAAGGAACCCCUUACGAAACACCUUUCAACUUCUCGACUGCGACAUCGAUGUCAGACUUGCGUGUUGAUGAUUCAAAGGACACGGAUGUUUCCAAGAAAAACCCAAUGAAAAUCGUCGAAAACAAUUCAAAGGAUAACGAAUCUACCUUCGAACCCAGUCCAGAAGAAUCAAACGGUCAAAUCGUCGCUAAUAAUGAAUCCGAAAGUCGAAAAAACGUUUCUGAACGCAGCUCUGACCAAGUAUCUCCAGAAAAGUCUGAUAAAUAUUGUGAAGAAGUUGUGGAUAAAGAAGGAAAGAUGGUUACAUUUGGGGGAGAGGAUCAUUACGCCGAAGAAACGCCUCUCAUGUUUUCUCGGACCAGUUCUCUUGGUUCUCUGGGUGGGUUUGAACAGCAUUCUAUCCACGACGAUCGCAGCUCGGUUGUCAGCGAUUUUAGUAGCUGGCGCACGAGCGGAAUUGUUUCUCCUAGUGAGUUACCUGAUUCGCCGACACAAACGGUACCACCGAGCCCUCGUCACAACAAAUCCCAACCUGAAUUCACCAACAGGUCUCAAGACGAAACUUCUAAAUUACCUGCGCAUCGUUUGUGUGAGCAUAAAGCGAAUGGCAGAUCGAACGCGACAAAGCGUAGCGUUUUUGAAGACGAUAUUGCAGCCUUUAAGGAGGAGUCUACUCCAAUAGAUUUCUCAGCUGCAACAAGUCUUAGUUCGCUGACAAUUGACGACGAGCCUAAAAUCGCUAAUGAUUCGAAGUUCAAAGAGAAUAGGGAAAAAUUGGGAGAAGCAAUUCCAGAAGAAAGGGAAGAAACCUCACCUACACGGCUUGAACAUCAAGACACAAUAAAGAUCGCAGAGAUCGACGAAGUCAGUGAAGGAGAGGAUGACGAAGGAAUGCUGGAUGCCUGCAUAAACAUCGGGAUGCAAAGCAUAAUAAACCGUAAAGACGAGCAAAAACCGUCGGUAAAUAGCGACGAGAUAGCAGAUAUAGUUGAGACCGUGGACACAGAUCAAGAAACAGAUGGGGAUGAAGAUGACGAUAUGCUGGCUGCAUGUAUCAGCAUAGGAAUGCAUUCCACAUUCCGGAAUCGCAAAGAAGACCAAAAAGGCUCCGAAUCCUCGGACAUUGCAAGUGUAGCUGAAGUGGUUGAUGUGGGGGAAAUCAGCGAUGAACAUGACGACGACGAAGGCAUGCUGGCUGCCUGUAUUAAUAUUGGAAUACAAAGAGCGAUUAAUCGACAAGAGGACCCUAAAACAAUAUUAAAGCCUGAGAUCGCAAACUCCGUGGAGGCUGAAGAUUCUCUCAAAAUCAGCGACGUAGAUAGUGAUGGUGAAGAAAUGUUGGCCGCUUGCAUAAACGUUGGGAUACAAAGCAUACACAAACAAUCUCUAAGAAGAAGCAGUAUGACGAAGCCUCCCAUUCAACCGGUCAGCAAUCUGACGAGGUAUCAGACAAGUUCUGCACUGAAUCAUUUGGACGGUGGCUUAACAACGUUUCCUGGUAACCACAGACAGACUUUGAAGGGUCUUAAAGGUAGACCUGAUGACACAGCGAUUCCAGACAGCAUUCAUAUAUACUGCACAGAAGAUACUCCUGCCAACAUAUCUCCGGCUGGUUCGCAUUCUAAUCUUUCGGUAUUGUCUAUGCUGAGCUCGCCCGGAAUCGUGGAAAAGAGCUGCGAGCCCAGGAUCAUGGAGAGUAACGCUGGGCGCUCGGAUAUUUUGGCUAUCGACAGUCUGACGCUUUCCGAAGAGGACGACGUUAUCGUUGCUAAGCUAAUAGAGUCGGGAAUGCGUAAGGUGCAGCUCAACGGCAAUCCAGCCUGUGGAAUCACGCUCCCUGUUUCCAGUAAAAGUGACCAAGAAAGACCGUGCCGAACUCCAUCAACUUCUCCAGCCGAACCUGUUUUUAUUAAACCUAAAAAAGAUUCGCCAAAUUCGAAUGAUACAGGGCCUCUCAGAUCCCAGUCUCCGGAAGAUGGGCGAAGAUAUGAAGCCACGACUUUCGCGACGCUUGACGUGGCAAGCCGAAACUGCAAGAGUCUAGAUAUUACGCCUGUUUCAACCGAAUUGAAAUGUUCUAAACACGAUUUCGAUACGGAAUAGAAAAAAUGCUGCGACGCUAUUUGGCGCUUGAGACGAGAAUCUGGAUGAAAACAACAUAUAUUAUAUUCAACUGACGAAGAUAUUUGUCAACCAGUUCAAUACAACAUCUAGACAAUACGAGAUUCCAGUAUUUCCUGAACUCUUCCGCAAUUCACUAACGUUUUGGAAUGGCCGCCCAACUAUCUCAUUACUUGUUUCUAUUAAUAUCAUGUCGCAUUUUAUUUCGUGAAACACCUGUAUUCUGUAACUAUUCCUAUUUCUUUCAUUGGCGUACUUCAUGUUAAACACGUAUUUUUUGUGCAAUCAAUAAGCGAUUUGCUUUCACUUUAUUUGUAGCUCCUGUAUAUAAAGAAUUACAUUGUGUGAUUAAAUUUCAUAAAUGA